CAGCUAUUGGGAAGGGUCACAAUGCUUUGUUGUCUCAUCACUCAAGAUAGAAUAUACUUCUUCACUGGCAUCCAUAGAAUCCUCUUCUCUUCACUUUCCUCUAAUUCUUAGCCAUUAACAUUAUAGCCAAAGUGAGUGUGAGUUCCAACUCUAAGCAACAGGGACAUAGAAAGCAAAAGUCCCUAGAAAAGGUAGAAAGGAUAUGGGGGUGAUAAGGGCUGCUAUUGGAGAUGCAAUUUUGACAUCAACAUGGGUUUUCAUUAUCUCAACUUUAAGGAUUGUUGUAACUGAGGUAGCUGUUUUCCUUGGUCUUCAACCACUUUCAGUUGCAGGCCUAAUGAUCACCACCAUCUUCAACUCCCUUUAUGUCCUCACCAUAGGCUUCAUUGGAAGAAUAUUGGGUGGUGCUAGCUUUAACCCUUCGACCACUGUUUCCUUCUACACUGUAGGGCUAAGGCCUGAUUCAUCUCUUGCAUCCAUGGCUGUAAGAUUUCCUGCUCAAGCUGUUGGUGGGGUUGUUGGUGCCAAGACUCUCCUAUUAGUGAUGCCAACCCACUACAAGCACAUGCUGAAAGGGCCUUUCUUGAAGGUAGACUUGCAUACAGGUGCUAUAGCUGAGGGUGUUUUAACUUUUACUCAUAGCUUGGCUAUACUUUUUAUCAUGCUUAGGGGUCCUAAAAACCCAUUUCUUAAGGUGUAUUUGCUUUCUGUGGCUACUGUGGCUUUGGUUAUUCCGGGUUCUGGGUUCACUGGUCCUUCUAUGAACCCAGCUAAUGCCUUUGGAUGGGCCUAUACAAACAACAAGCACAACACUUGGGAGCAUUUUUAUGUCUAUUGGAUAUGUCCUUUUAUAGGGGCUGCUUCAGCUGCUUUGAUUUACCGGUUUCUAUUUAUGUCAUCAACCAAGCAAAAGAAAGCUUGAACUAGUUAAGCUUCUGCAUGUUAAUCAAUGUAACAAAAAUCUUGCCUUUCCUUGUAAGAGUAGGGAAAUUUCAGAAUUUAUUUUGAAUGCUAACCUUUUUAGGAGUAUGGAUGGUAUAAGGGUGUGCUUGGUAGGAGAGGUAAAUGGAGAUAAUGGAUGGGGAAAGUGGGACUAGUGAUUCAUGUAGACUUGAUUUAUGUGUUGAUGAAUUGCUUGAUUUUGUGGAUGUGUAUAUUUACAAAUAUUAACUGCAGGGCAGCUUUAUUUUUGUGCAAUUGUGAAUGUUCUUCCAUAUAGAAUCUAAUAGUUGUGAGAU